GCUGGAGGGGGACAUGAGCCUAUAAAACAUCUCGAGCCCGCUCUAACUUCCUUACAGGCGGUGCUCUUUCAGACCGGGUUUACUUCCUCCAGUCUCCCUCGCUUCUCUCUUCCUUAACUCAUUGUUGGAUUACUUAUCUAGAUCAGUAAACAUGGCAACGCUGAGAGCUCUGAGAAAAUUCUGCCAGCAAUCUAAGCAUCAAGUGUGCAGUCUACAUAUGUCCGCAUCAAGACAGGAAGCUGUGGUCAUCUCAGGCAGGAAGUUGGCCCGUCAGAUCCGGGAGGAGGCCAGGGCCGAUGUAGAACAGUGGGUCUCCACUGGCAACAGAAGACCCCACCUGAGCGUGGUCCUUGUGGGAGAUAAUGUAGCCAGUCACUCCUACGUCCUGAAUAAGACCCGGGCUGCAGCUGAUGUUGGUAUCAGCAGUGAGACCAUCCUGAAGCCCUCCUGUAUCGCUGAGGAUGAACUCAUGGACCUGAUCUACAAACUCAACACAGACCACCGGGUGGAUGGCCUGCUGGUGCAGCUGCCUCUGCCAGAACACAUUGACGAGCGGCGCAUCUGUAAUGCUGUGUCCCCCGACAAGGAUGUGGACGGCUUCCAUGUGGUCAAUGUAGGCCGCAUGUGCCUGGACCAGUCCACCAUGCUGCCCGCCACUCCCUGGGGAGUCUGGGAAAUCAUCAAACGCACAGGAAUUCCUACCCUUGGAAAGAAUGUUGUGGUAGCGGGACGCUCCAAGAAUGUGGGCAUGCCCAUUGCCAUGUUGCUGCACUCGGAUGGACGCCAUGAGAGGCCAGGGGGUGAUGCCACGGUCACUAUCUCUCACCGUUACACACCAAAGGAACAGCUCUGUCAGCACACAAGAAUUGCAGACAUCAUUGUUGCUGCUGCAGGGAUUCCAAACCUCAUCACCGCAGACAUGAUCAAAGAAGGAGCAGUCGUUAUUGAUGUUGGAAUAAACAGAGUGCAUGACCAUGUGACUGGCAAGGACAGACUUGUAGGGGACGUGGAUUUUGAAGGUGUGAGACAAAAGGCUAGCUUCAUUACCCCAGUGCCUGGAGGAGUAGGACCCAUGACAGUGGCCAUGCUUAUGAAGAACACAAUCAAGGCAGCUAAGAACCUCCUGCUGACUCCCGCUGAGAGGAUCUGCAUGGUAGCCUCUUCAUAACAGGCCAUACCUGACUCCAUCAAGUGACACAUUCCAUCCCGCCACCCCUUCCCUUUUUUAAUCUGAGCAACUCGGCGAACUCCACUGCACACAGACACAGAUCGAAACAUGAUUGCUUUAGGAUUCUCAACUUGCUGGUACCUUCCACUUUCAUAAUCUCCACCCGCCAUUUCAGACUAUUACCAUUUCAGACUAAUACAACUCAGCCAUUCAGCUACACACAAGCUAUACGCCUUGCAAAAGUAUUCAUCCCCCUUGGCGUUUUUCCUAUUUUGUUGCAUUACAACCUGUAAUUUAAAUGGAUAUUUAUUUGGAUUUCAUGUAAUGGA